AUGCGGAACCGGGCCACCACGCCGUUGAGCAAGCCUAAAAUCCGACAAUCAUGGAGCAAAUACAACCUGUUUAACCUGCAGCGUCUGCGCAACCCCCCGACCCUCACGAAAACCUUCUUCCAACAGAAAUGGACCGCCAAGUCCAUGGCUCGCGCCUACCACGGUGAACAGGUCCGCGAGUCGCAAUGGUCUCGCAUGUUCUCGCGCCGCAUCCGCAGCGUCGUCCCCAUGAACCCCGUCAAGUUGGCCCAGGAUGACGGCUCCGGCAUGGCCGCCGGCCGUGGUGCCGGUUUGGACGACGCCGCCAACGCCGAUCAGGGUCGUUCCGCCGGACGUUUGACCCCCUUCACGCAGAUGACCUUUGCUCCCCUGGAGCGUCGCCUGGACGUCGCCAUCUUCCGGGCCAUGUUUGCCAGCAGCGCUCGACAGGCAAGACAAUUCGUGGUCCACGGUGCGGUGACGGUGAAUGGAAAGAAGAUGAGAUACCCCGGUUACCUCCUCAACCCCGGCGAUAUGUUCCAGGUCGAGCCCGAGCGGGUCAUGUACGCCACCGGUGCCCCCAAGGAUAAAUACGAGCGUCGUGAGAGCCGUGUGGCUAAGAGAAAGGCCUCGGAAGAGAAGACCGAAGAAACGGAAGAGGGCGCCGCCGCUGCGGAGGAGACGAAGGAACAGAAGGAGUCCGAGUCGGAGAGCAAGGAAGCCGAGAACGAGAACCCCCGGGAGACGUUACAGGCCCUACUGGCCCAGGCCAAGACUAUCAUGGCCAGCAACAAGGAUGUCCUGCCCGCCAAACGCAAGCAGGAACUGCGUGGGUUCCAGAAGGCUGUCAAGCGCGUGCUCUCCCGCUCCGAAUCGAGCGCCGUUCUUACCGAUAACCUCGAGUCCCAGUUCUCCGAGCUGACGACCCUGCUCAAGGCCAAGCGGGCUGAGAAGAAGGAAGCUAAGGAGUCCAAGCGCCAGCAGUCAAAGGAAGCCUCGACUCCCGCCUCGGAAUCCACGACGACCGCUACCGCCAGCGAAGCUCAGCCGGGUGAGAAACUGUCCGAGGCCUUCCGCCAGGCCGCAGAGAACCCCGAGGAGGAAGUCGACACCUCUGAGCUGACGGAUGAGGAGUUCGACGUGCUCAAGCGUGCCCUUGUCCAGAUGCGUGACAACCCGAUCGACAGCACAAAGCCCUACGCCACGCCCUGGCGACCCCGGGACUACAUGAGUGCCUUCGCCUUCAUCCCGCGAUACCUCGAGGUCAACCACAACAUCUGCGCCGCCGUCUACCUGCGACACCCCGUGGCCCGGCCCGGAUACUCGGAGGUGCCGACGCCGUUUGGCGAGAGCGUGGGCACGGCCGCCUUUGCGUGGUAUCUGAGACGGCGGUAG